CUGCUGCAGAAAGGAAGAGAAGACAGAAAGACGGACUUCGGUCGGAAGGGAAGAAAACCCAUAAGGAGCGAUCACGUGACCGGGUGACAGAUCUCUGAACGGGCUGCGCUGUGGAAGGACGGCGUGGAGAUGAAGUGCUACAUGAAGAGCACAGAUGGCAGUCACAGUCCUAUUGAGCUUCCGGAUGGAGUAGGAGUCGUCCUGGGAAGAGGCCCUGACACCUGCAUCACAGAUAGAAAAUGUUCCAAGCAGCAAGUGGAGCUCGUGGCCAAUGUUGAGAGGAAAGUUGUUCGUGUCACACAGCUGGGGACAAACCCUACAUCAGUUGGGGAGGUAAAGCUGAAGCACGGUGAGAGCACAUUGAUGCAUGAGAAUCAGACUCUGUAUAUGGUGAAUUCCUUAUAUCCUUACACUGUCAUGUUCAAUAACGAAAGUCGGAGAAACACUACAAAACCCAAGGCCACAUUACAGGUGAACAAGAAGCCGGCGGGGGCUGCUUCUCCUAAAAAAAACAUUACAGACUUUUUUGCAAGCAAGAGGACCAAACGGGAAGAGGAUGGCAAAGCAGAGCCGAGCAGCAAGAGAACCAAGUUACAAGAGAGGGCUUCAAAACCGGCGGAAAACAGUGAGGAUUCUGAAGAGGAAGAAAUUUCCCGUAAACUUAGAGAACUGCAGGAAACGGCAGCCAAAGUGAACCACACAAUCUCCAAAGCACCUAAUGACUCCCCAGACACCAUGAGAGGCACAGCCUGCAGCAAAGACGCCUGGGAACAACAUGGCAAGCUUCUGGUGUUUAACAAGCAAGGUGUGCAGCCAUCUUCUAAGAUUGCCGGGUUUGACAUUGAUGGAACAAUUAUUACGACAAAGUCAGGGAAGGUCUUCCCAACCAGUGCAGACGACUGGAGAAUUUUAUAUCCUGAAAUUCCCAAAAAAUUAAAAGCGAUUUUGGCAGAUGGAUAUAAGGUGGUCUUCUUCACAAAUCAGAUGGGCAUUACCCGCGGUAAGCUGAGGCCUGAGGUUUUCAAAGCCAAAGCAGAAGCCAUUUUGGAUCAUUUGGGAAUACCUGUUCAGAUUUUUGUGGCGACUGGCACGGGCAUCUACCGUAAACCUGUCACUGGAAUGUGGGAUCACCUGUGUGAGAAGGCUAAUGAUGGUAUAACAGUGAAGAAAGAAGACUGUGUAUAUGUAGGAGAUGCUGCUGGAAGACCUGCAAACUGGGCUCCAGACCGGAAAAAGAAAGAUUUCUCCUGCAGUGACCGCUUGUUCGCACUAAACAUUGGCAUACAGUUCUACACUCCAGAAGAGUAUUUCCUUGGCUGGAAGAAAGCUACGUUUCAACUACCUACCUUUAAUCCUAAAGCUCUGGAUCCCAACGGUCGGCUCUAUGAUCCUCCAACUUCAUCCCUGGUGUCAUCAUCUCAAGAAGUAGUUGUAACGGUCGGCUUUCCUGCAGCUGGAAAGUCUACUUUUGUAAAAGAACACCUAGUGUCAAAAGGUUAUGCCUCUGCCAACAGGGAUACACUUGGAACAUGGCAGAAGUGUGUUUCGGCCUGUGAGGAAGCUGUGAAAAAUGGCAAGAGUAUAGUGGUUGAUAAUACCAAUCCUGAUGUGGAAUCUCGCAGCCGGUACAUCAGCUGCGCACAGAAGGCAGGAAUUCCGGUCCGUUGCUUCUUUUUCACCGCACCUCUUGAAACAGCUAAGCACAACAAUCGGUUCCGGGAGAUGACCUGUAAAGGGCAUGUUUCAGUGAACGACAUGGUCCUGAAUAGCUACAAAAGUAAAUUUGUGGCACCCUCUCUGAGCGAAGGUUUCAGUGAAAUUCUUAAAAUCAAUUUUGUUCCAAAAUUCAAGGACGCAGAUGAAAAAGCUCUGUAUGAGCAGUUCUCAGAGGGCUGAGAUCCAGCUUCUCCAGUGAUGUAGGACUAGUCGUCACCAAAGCAAAAGAAGCGUAAAAUUAUAGUUUACAUAUUAUAGAGGACCUAGCCACUCCACAAGAGCUGGUGAACGAAAGACAAGAAAUCAAGGUUGUGUACUUGCUUCUGCGUACCACACGGUGGCGCCGUGGAUUUAAAGAAUUUGAUACUUUUUUUUUUCUGCACAUUGUUCUUAUUGUUAAGUAAAUCCAGUUGUCCAGACUGGAGAGAAUCACAGUGAUUACAAAUGUGGAAGUGAUUGCAUCCAUUACCGGGACUGACCCUCAAUUACAGGAGUUAGCGCAGACCGACUGACACCUCAUGUCUUCUUGACAUUGCACCCGUGCCAAUGAUGUCAUUUCUUGGCAUGCAGACAAGCUGUUGAGAUCGCUCAAAUAUGUCCCUUAAAUGCAGGCACUUAGUGAACCCUGGAACAUUUCUCUUCUUGUACCUUGGCUGUUCUGCUAGUUUAAUUAAAAACAAAAUUCUUCCAAGAUUCCUAAUGGAACUCAAGGAUAGUCUGGAAUGGGGGUUUAUGCUUCCCUUACAUUUCCCCCUAAAGUCAAUAGAUGCCAAAACUGUUAAGUUCAUGAGUUGUCCAUCCUAUUCUACAGUUAAUGACUACUUAUUUUUGGUAAUCUGUGCAGGAUGGGAAUGACGAAUGGCCUCCAUGACCGUGCCCAUGAUCACAUAGCCUUCCAUGGUAAAUAGUCUGCACUCUUAUCUGCAUGUGUGUGUGUCCGUCUUUACUGUUACGGCCUUUUAGUCAUGACCCCUGAAGCAAAGGAUGAACAGUACUAUAUAUGCCACCCAGGAGAGAGCCACAGUCCAUGGAACUCACUGAAAAAAAUGAUUUUCAUUUCCACACAGUUAAAUGGCAUCUGUCAGCAGAUUUGUACCUAUGAAACUUGCUGACCUGUUGGUGUGCCCUUGGCAGCUGAAGGCAUCUUUGUUGGUUCCA